AUGACCGGCUUCGGCUUCAGCCACCAGCCGCUCGUCAACAUGUUCGGAAGCGGCAUCACCAGCUUCUUCCGAAAGAUCGAGGUCUACGGCAGUGAGAACGUGCCAGAGGAGGGCCCGAUCAUCUUUGCGUGCACACACACGAACAUGGCCAUUGACCCGGCCGUGCUCUCGUACACUGUCCCCCACGGCUACUCGCUGCACUACUGGGUCAAGGACUCGCUGUUCCGAAACCCCGUCAUGCGAGCCGUAAUGCAGAAUGCUGGUAACAUCCCCAUGGCCGCGGGCGAAUGCAUUGGCCUGUUUCCCGAGGGCACGUCGCACACGAACCCGCGCCUGAUCCCGCUGAAGGACGGUCUCGCGUGGUCGGCGCUCGAGUACCUGAUCUACCUGAAGGGCGGCGACGGACAGGAGCCCCACAAGGGCAAGCCAGUCACGAUUGUGCCGGUUGGUAUCGCGUACUGCGACAAGAGCAAGUACCGAUCACGCCUUGUGAUCACGUACUGCCCGCCGAUCACGACGGACCGGUACGAGAAGGAGUUCCUGAGCGGCGGCGACGCGGCGAAGAAGGCGGCCGUGAAGCGUCUGACGCGCGACAUUGAGCUGGAGCUGUACAAGACGACUGUCAAUGGACCUGACUGGGAGACGAACUAUGCCGCGGACAUGGCACGCGAGCUGCUGUGGAAGUACGACCGUGACCUGGCGUUGGCCGACUACGUCGACGUGCAGCAGACGCUGGUGGACCUGCUGAGCACGAACGACCCGCGGAUCGAGAAGCUCAAGCAAAUGCUGUACACGUACCACCAGCUGCUUGUCGCCUCGCGCCUGUCAAACGGUGCGCUGACGGACCUCCCGCUCCAGCGCAACCUGGACCCGAACAAGGUGGUUCCCCUUCCCGGACGACUGCGCACGCUCGCGAUCCUGAUCAAGGACACGUUCAUCUCGCUAAUCCAGUUCCCGCUCUUUGUCGUGCCGUUCCUGUUUAACAUUCCGCUCUACAUCAUCGGCAUGCUCGGCGCGAACAUGGCCGAGAACGAGCUCGAGACACAGGCGCAGAUGAAGGUGUUCCUAGGCAUCUUCAUCAGCUUCCUGCUGUACCCGAUCUACUUCUUCAUCUUCCUGUGGAUGUUCCGCACAGUCCCCCUCGGCGGGCUCUUUGCUGCGGGCGUCGUCUGGCUGUUGAGCAAGUACCAUGCGGCGCUGAUUGACCGGAACUACGCCGGGCUGAAGAAGCUGGUGGCGGCGUGGCGUGUGCUGAUCGGCGUCUGGCUCGGGUCCCGCGUCGAGAUGAACCUGAACAGUUUCGUAGACCGGGCAGCGUCGUAUGCGCCGAACCCGCCGCAGGUCGCCGGCCUGCCGGCGGGUAAAGAGGCGGAGAAGUAUGUGCGUCCCGAGAAGCUGCCCUCGCGCGUGCUCGUGCGCCACGUGCUGCGCCAGCGCGUCCAAGCAGCUCGUGCUUUGACGGACACGCUGCUCGAGCUCGAAGCCGCCGAUGCGAAUGUCGACGCAAGCUUCUGGCUCGCGGAGCGGUAUGGCGGAGACGUCCUCCCCCUCUCGAAGGCUGAGAUGGAACUGCCCGCGUACGAGCGCCCGUGGCCUAGGGGGCGCAGGGGCGCGCGCGAGGUCGUCGCGUUCCUCCGUGGACGUGGGGCGAGGCUCGGCGGCACCAUGGGCGGGGAGAGCGAGUACUUGGCCAAUGCGAGCCGGGCGGCGGAGACCCCGGGCCUGGACAAGGUCGAGUUUAAGAUGGAGUAA